AUGGCAGUUGAAGAUGAUGAGAAUACAGUACUCGAGGACUUCAUGGCUCUGUUGAAUAGGCAUCAAUACCAUGGGAUGGCUAGUGAAAAUUCGCAUAUACACAUAUCCCGAUUUCUGGAUAUGUGCCAACACUUCAGUUACCAGGGUAUCUCGGACGAUGCUAUAAGACUGCGGUUGUUUCCAUACACCUUACGGGAUAAAGCACUUGAAUGGCUGGAUUCACUUCCUGUCGCAACCAAGAGCAUGGUGGAUUCCUCAUCUGACGGUUCUAUCUCCACGAGAACAAUUGAUGGAGCAUGGGAGCUAUUUGAGAGAAUGGCAACAACUUCAGCCAUGUGGUUUAUAGAUCGCGUGGUUCAGACGAGAUUGUUGGGGGUUUAUGAAGUAGAUACUUAUUCUGUAGUGUCUGCAAAGAUAGACUCUUUGUUCCAUAAGGUUGAGAGCAUUUCACAGACCGCCACUGCUAAAUAA